CCUUUUCCAGCAGGAGUGAAGUGAACUAUCUGACCAAGCGGCUGGGUGCAAGGAAUGCUGCAGUGCACUCUACGUGGAUAUGGGAGGGAUGGGAAUGAUUAGGAUUGCCCAACAGUGUCGAGAUCGUGUUGCAGUAGCGAAAGUAUACAUUAGAUUUUUCUUUUAAAAUGAAAUACGCGUUGUAUUUGAACCGUUCCAGUAGGAAUUAUGGAUGUGAUUUUUGGAAUCACUUGCAGCAUAGGAUUAUCGAAUGAUAAUCGCGAUCCAUAUUUCUGCAAAUCACGCUCUGCUUAAAGCCGCCACGGUCCAAGCAGUUCUCUGCAGAAACAAAACAUCGGUGCACCUUUAAGGGAAAGCUAGGAUCGACUGCUGCCUGUGCUUUUAUUAUUAUUAUUUGUAUCAUAAAUCAUCUCAUGCUUGCCCUGCAGAACUGAACAGAACAUGUUUUCAUUGCGGAUCGUCACGGCGGAUUAUUACAUGAGCAGUCCGAUCAGAGAUCUGGACGUCUGUUACUCUGAGUUCAGAGAGAGCGAUGUCAAGAAAGUGCCCGUGGUGCGGAUCUUUGGGGCCACACCAGCAGGCCAGAAGACAUGUCUUCAUCUGCAUGGUGUGUUCCCAUACAUCUAUGUGCCGUAUGAUGGGUUUGGACAGGAUGCAGACCGUUACCUUCAGCAGUUGGCCUACAGUAUCGACAGAGCCCUGAAUGUCAGCAUGGGAAACCCCUCUUCUAAUGUGCAGCACAUCUUUAAAGUGGUUCUGGUGUCUGGCAUGCCUUUCUAUGGAUACCAUAUGAAGGAAAAAACCUUUAUGAAGAUUUACCUGUACAACCCACAGAUGGUCAAAAGGGUGAGUGAACUCCUGCAGGGUGGAGCUGUAAUGAAUAAGAGUUUUCAGCCCCAUGAAGCUCACAUUCCCUUCCUGCUGCAGCUCUUUAUCGAUUACAACCUCUACGGAAUGAACAUGAUCAGUCUUGCUGCUGUUAAGUUUCGAAAAAACCAUGCAACAGUAGGAGAGCAUAUGUCAAAUAGAGGGGGUAGCUCCAGCCCAUAUAAGUAUCCCUGCAUGUCUAAACUCAGUGAUGGCGGGCUGAGUGAUACAAUGCGCUGGGAGGAUGACAACAUACCAAGUUCUCUGAUUUUAGAGGAGGUGGAACGGAUGAGUGUGUGUGAGCUGGAGGUUGAUGCCGUGGCUGCUGAUGUUCUCAACCGCCUAGAGAUUGAGAAUCAGAUUGGGAGAAACCCUGGUCUUCAGGCCAUCUGGGAUGAUGAGAAACAGCGACGACAGGAGAGAUGUCAAAGUUCUCAUAUUGACAUGCCUGAAUCACAAGAUCGAGGCUUUGUAGAGUUUGCAGAGAGUGAAAAAAUCUUCAUGAAGAGAUUCAAAGAAAUUCUCAAGGAAAAUGAAUUUGACAUGACUCAAACUGGGUCUGAAGUUGACUCUUUCCCUGAGCUCUCACUCUAUCCUACUGUGCUGAGCCCAGAUGACUUGCCUUGCAUACCUGCCAGCCAAGUGAAUGUGCAUCAAUAUGCAUUUAAAGAUGCAAAAAGGCAUUGUGGGAAAGAUGCUGAAGUUGCAGUUGUUGAUGAAGAGGCCAUUUUGAGUUUGUUGGAGAACAGUCAGACCUUCCUCCCUCAUUCUCAGGGACCCAACCAAUCAGCAAUACUUGACAGCAGUCAAGACCAGGCUAUGGUUGAUCUGUUUGAAGCAUUGGCUGAUGAUGGAUUUAGAGCCGACAGGUCCAGAGCAGUGUCCCAGCAGCUGUCAGGGAUUUCUAGCUGUGUCUGUAACAGUGAUGAUGAGGAAGCUGGGCCUGAGCUGGAGAAAGAGGAGUCAGAGCUCAGUAGAAUCAUGUCCCAAAGAUGGGACUGUGACAUGCCAGGACUUUCUGCUGGGCAAAGGUCACCAGACUUCCCAUUAUGUAUGAAAGAAGCAAACGAAAGCUCCAGUGAGGAGCAGCAGGCCUCAUCAGAUGAAGAGAUAUAUUGGAAGGGAAACAGUGCUGCUCUUACUGAUCUGUCCAUUCCACAGUUGGAUGGAGCUGCAGAUGAGAAUAGUGAUUCAUCACUAACAGACAAGGAAUCCCGGACACGCUCAUCUCUAAAAGCAACAGACAAGAUCCUUGGUAGCAGAAAUGUUUUUCCAAAUGAAGCUGUUCGUAUGGAGCCACCAUCUUCUGCUAAAAUUGUUAUUGAAUACAAAUGUGCUGAACAGAAACUCAAUCAAGAGGAUUUAGCAGAAAAGCAUUUAAAAAGUGAAGAGGCAAAUGAAUAUUCAACUGGAUUAAGAGUUAACAAAGAGGUGCCAUAUUUUCCACCAGUUAAACACCCAAUUCCUUUUAAAACCGCAAAUAUAUCUAAACUUGGUGCUGAAAAAACAGGUGUGCACUCUUUGUACACUGAUGAAAACCAAGCCACUGGCCUUAAUCAGCCAGAUCCUGAUGAUUCAAUUUUUGGAAACUCUAAGCUUGCCCAGAGCAUAAAAAAUUCUACCGGUAUUAAAAAUGUGGAAAAUAACCAUUUAUCCAUCCCAGAGAAUCACAAGGGCUUCUUUGUAUGUUACUCUGAGCUGAUGAACUGUCCCACCAAGACUGAAAUGCAACUCAAUCCAAAUGACUGCAGAAGACCAGUGAUAAGUUUUGACCAGACACAAAGCCCUAUGGAAGAGAGCCAAGCUUUGGGCCCUCAAGAAGAUGAGACAGCACAGGAUAAAAAAGAGGAAGAUGUCAGCAAACUGAAAAUAAGAUAUGAGGAUUACCAAGAGAAUAAAACUGAGAGGACCAUUGUGGCACAACAGGAGGCACACUACAAAUUUUUCCCCAGCGUUAUUCUGUCUAAUUGCCUGUCCAGACCCAUCAAGAAACCGACUGGGAGCAAGACUGGGGAUGGUUGCUCUACCUUAGACCAUCCUGAACAGCGAAGGUCAAGGUUAAAGUUGAUCAAAAAGAAAACAACGUUGGGUCAAAAAAGGGUAAGUCCUGUGAGGACCCCUUCUCCUAUGAAAGAGGAAGCCACAGCACUUCUUUCCAACGCUCUAGGCUCUAUUAACCAGAAAGAAACGUAUAAGGAGGUUGACAUGGAAACGUCAGAUCCACCAACCAUUGAAGGUUUGAUUAAGAACUCAGUAGAGGAUAAACUUGCAGAUAUUCCUUCCAAAAUCUCUUGCACCAAGGUGUCCAGUUUACCAGGUAGCAAAUAUACCUUGCGGGCAAAAAGGAAAAUGAGUUACAACAGUGAAAAUGGAGAUCAGGCAAGUUCUGGUUCUUUCAAACAAGCUUUGGUGCAACAUGAAGGCCUUAAGGGCAAAGAUCAUGUCUUUAGCCAAAAAAAGAGGAAACUGACUAAAAAAGAGCCACCAAUCAUCAUUAAAUAUAUAAUCAUUAACAGAUUCAAAGGUCAGAAAAACAUGUUAGUGAAGAUUUCUAAAAUUAACGCUGAUGAAACUUGCACCGUUUUAACACCAGAAAAGCUUGCCGAAUACAAAAAGCUCGCUCCUCUCAAAGAAUUCUGGCCCAAAGUGCCAGAGUCUACAGCAGUGAAGUACCCGCUACUUGAGCCAAAAGUAAAGAAGUGUCCCAAACGAAAGGCUAAGGUGAACCCAGUGUCAAAGAGGGCCGGCACCUCUCCAAAAUCUAGGUGUCCACGAGCUGGUCAGACUAGGAGGGUGAAGCAUGCAAAAGCACUGAUAACUUUACCGAAAUUACCCCCUCCAUGGCCUUGUUAUAAUGAGUUCACUGAUGACUGCUGUACAGAGUAUUCUGAUGUGAUGGUGGAGUUGGGUUAUUUGUCAGAAAGAGCCUCCAGUCCUACUGAUUCAACCCCACCUAGAUGUUGGUCUCCUACUGAGCCCUUACUGGGAUCAAAUUCAAAUCUAAUAAACCCACAUAAUGAUCCAUGUCUAGGUUCAUCCUCUCAAGUACUAGCUCCAAAACCAUACCACAGAGGUCUUUGGGAUAGAAGCAGAACACCCAGGUCUAAAAAGACUUCUGCUACCAGCCCAAAAAGACAAACGAAUACUACAACAAAGUCAGUGAACAAAGAUUCAGUGACAACUGUGGAUUCACAGAGGAAAGGUAUUCGAGCGGCUUCAAGGAGACAUAAGAAACGUUGUAAAAGUAUUGAAGGAAUUGUUCUGGAAGAUGACACAUCUACCUCUCAGAAAGACAGGAUGCUGAAUGAAAAGCAAGUCCCAAGAAAAAAACAGGUCCAACGUGAGAAGAGUGAUCAUUCACAGGCUCCACAUUCAGUUAACAAUGCACCUAUUACUUCCUCAUCUGAUGACUUAACUCCUUAUCAACAUCCCAGUUCUCUAAAAAGCAGUCAAGAGGACGUUACUAUCAGUUGUUCAGGCUCUCAAACAGAGGUCACCAGCACUGGAAAAAAAUCAAAUCAAGAUUUUUUUGUCUUCAAUACUAUUGCCUCAAAUGACUCACAGAUUGUCUUCAAUCCCUGUAUUGAAAAAUCUCUAAAUCAUAUUCUUUCCCCAUCCACCAAGAUGGUUGGACAUCCAUGUUCCGUCAUCACAUACAGCAGUUCCAAUUCAAAAUCACAAAAUAUGAGUCAAGAUGGGACUAUCACAAAAAAUCUAUAUAAAUUCAAAUCAGAGGUCUCUGGCCAUGAGGAAAACCCCAGAACUGUACAGCAUUUGCAGUCAACCAGAAAAACGACCAAAAAAUCAAGAAAACCGCAAACAAAAAAGAAAGAUACCAUAACUUUAUUGGAGUCUGUCGAUUGUAGAUCCUCCCUUAUGCCCUCUGCUAAGAGUGCAAUUAAAGCUGGAUUUCACACAGGUCUUACAUUGUCCUCAGACCCUAAAAUUGACGAAAUGUGUGUUCCUGAGUUGCCUUCUGGGCUCGCUGUCUUGAAGGAACUUCUCCAGAAGAGGCAACUCAAGGCAGGAAAGGAACCACAUGAAAGCGAUCAUGUGACUCAGGAUAUGUCUUCUACCUGUCAACCUACAAAUAUUCCCAAAACAGCCAAAUCUAAAACCGCUCAUUCAUCAACAUCAAGAAAACCAAGGGAUGCAAGAACUAAAGUGCCAAAAGAGUUACAGUUCAAAAUCAGAAGUAAUAAAAUUAAACCGGAUGAUUUGAGAAUUGACCAUCUUUCAUCAGAUGACAGUCCUGUGUUUUUCUCUGACCCUGGCUUUGACAGCUGUUGCUCUAUUGAAGAUAGCUUGUCCCCAGAGCUCGCAGACAAUUACAGCUUUGAUAUCAAUGCCAUUGGGCAAACAGAGUUCUCCAGUCUUUAUUCUGGUAACCAGUUUGUGUUAACUGAUAGGAACUUGCCUCAGAAGUUCCUCAGUGAUGUCAGUCAGGAGGCAAUCAAUGCCCUUGUUGGGUUAGGCGACAGGACACAAAAGUUGUUUGAUGUUGAUGAGAGCAGCAAGCAUGAACAGGACUUGCAUAAGUCUGGGGCUCUUAGUCCAGAACUGUCAUUUCGUGAAAGUGGCAAAGUUUAUCCCAAUAAGGUAUCUCUUGAUUCAGAAAAGAUCUUUAGCAAAGAUUGGGGGGGCUGUUUAGGUAAAAUCCAUGGCCUCAGCCACUUUCAGGACUUUCACUGUGAAAAGAAAGAUGUGUUGCUUGACCCAGAGCCCUUUUCCCCCCUUACUUCUGCUUCUUUUGCUUAUAAUGGUGUUUCCCCAAAUAGUGAUCCCCUAGAUGCCAGUUCAGCAACACCAAGCAGUUCCCCACAGUCCAUCAACUCGCUGUACCAGCUGAAAAAUGGAGGUCAGAGUUCAAAGAGUGGGGGAACUCACAUUCUCAAACCUCUCAUGUCUCCACCUACACGGGAAGAAAUCUUAGCUACUCUGAUGGAUCUGGACCUCUCAGAAGCCACCUACCAGGAACCAUUCUGCAGUGACCCAUCAGAUGCACCCUUGAAGCCAAGGGGGGUUGGUGGUCGGAAGUUGAUUUUGGAAACCAGACUGGCGAAUGAACUAGUUGAAUUUCAUGGAGACUUAUCUCAAAACGGCUUACAAUUUUGGAAAAUUGCAUUUUCUGCAAUGACAAAUCAAGCCUCUGCACCAGACAAUGGGUGUAAAUCCUCUAUAUUGACCAAGGAUCAAAACCCAUUUUCUGGCAGUGAUCAAAAAGUGAUUAUGCUUCCCUGCAAGUGUGCCCCAAGUCGAGAACAGGUGCAGCUCUGGCUGCAAGCCAAAAAACAGUACGAGUGCCUUCAGAGUGAUGGGAAACAAAUGGGUGGCCAGACAACUGUGGAACUUGGAACAUAUGACAGGACCUCACCUCAAAAUGAGGACUCUAAUUUACCUUCCUCAGAGAAUCAUAAAACGUGGAAGAAAAAAGAUGAAAAGUCUUCAGAGUUGCAGAGUAUCAGUAGGAAUGGCUUAAGUUUACCACUCCAUAUUUCACCAGUUAAUGCAGCUUCAUCUAACAGUAGCCCUAAGAGUACGAAAUGCAUCUUGGACAUAGAGACAAACAAAGGUUGUCCGAUCACUUCUCCAAAUUCUCCUGAUCUUUCUACAUUGCAACAAAGGCCUGCUGAGAGUAAACAAGAGGAGGACAAGGAGGAUUUGACUGAUGUAUUACAAUCCCCCAGCUUGAACCUGUCUCAAAAUAUCAAUGACACAUCACUUGAAAAUGUACAGCCAAAGGACCUCUUGAGUCCAUCAGUUUUUCCUGUUAAAAACCUAGAUUCUGAUGUCAAAUGCUCUUACCUGCUCCAUAGCACACCUGUCCACCAGAGAAGCUACAUUGAUGACGAUGGGUCUAGCUACAGUCCAAUAAGAAAUGAAGACAUAGAGCCCAGAUCACAGCGACUACAUCAGAAGGGUAACAUAAACAAAGAUGCUUUACGGAGAGUUUUGCUUACCACACAAAUGAAGAAUCAGCUUACCACUAUGAAUGUUCCAAAGAGAGAAAACUCCCAGAUUGAGGGACCAUCAAUCUGUAAUUCAUAUGGUUUUAAAGUCAGUAUGCAGAACUUGCAGGAGGCCAAAGCAUUGCAUGAGGUACAGCACCUCACAAUGAUAAGCAUGGAGCUUCAUGCAAGGACUCGUCGUGACCUUGAGCCUGACCCUGAAUUUGACCCAAUUUGUGCUUUGUUCUACUGCCUCAGUUCUGAUGUCCCUCUCCCAAAUUCUGACACUACCCAGAUGACAGGUGCCAUUGUCAUUGAUAAAGAUUGUUGUUCUUCAGCUCAAGAACUCACCAACCCCACCACCAUUAGGUAUGACCCAGACAUUCUGGUUGGAUAUGAGGUCCAAAUGCACUCUUGGGGGUACCUACUACACCGUGCAUCAACGCUCGGUGUAGACCUGUGCCAGCAACUCUCCCGUGUGCCAGGAGAUGCAAAAGAAAAUCGGUUCAUGGCAGAGAAAGAUGAAUAUGGUGCAGACACUAUGACGGAAAUCCAUAUUGUUGGACGUGUUGUCCUCAACAUGUGGAGGAUUAUGAAGACUGAGGCUGCAUUGAAUAACUACACUUUUGAGAAUGUGGCUUUCCACCUCCUGCAUCAGCGCUUUCCUCUCUACAGCCAUCGCACGCUCUCUGACUGGUUUGACCACAACACACACCUGCACAGGUGGAAAGUGGUGGAUCAUUAUGUGAGCCGUGUGUGUGGCACAGUCCAGUUGCUCCAGCAGCAGGAUAUUAUUGGCAGGACAAGUGAGCUGGCACGCGUGUUUGGAAUCCAGUUCUACCACGUGCUAACCAGGGGGUCACAGUACCGUGUGGAAUCAAUGAUGUUAAGGAUUGCAAAACCAAUGAAUUACAUCCCAGUGACUCCAAGCACACAGCAGCGUGCCCAGCAAAGAGCCCCACAGUGCAUUCCACUCGUCAUGGAGCCAGAGUCGCGUUUCUAUAGCAACUCUGUUAUUGUGUUGGAUUUCCAGUCACUGUAUCCAUCCAUCGUCAUUGCCUACAAUUACUGUUUCUCCACCUGCCUUGGACGUGUUGAGAAUCUUGGAACGUGUGAUGAGUUCAGGUUUGGUUGUACAUCUCUCAGAGUCCCUCCUGACCUCCUUUACCAGCUCAGAAAUGACAUCACCAUUUCUCCCAGUGGUGUCACAUUUGUUAAGUCAUCAGUGCGGAAGGGUGUCCUGCCAAGUAUGCUGGAGGAGAUCUUGAAGACGAGGAUCAUGGUGAAGCAGUCCAUGAAGGCGUACAAACAUGACAAAGCUCUAUUACGCCUGCUGGAUGCCAGGCAGCUUGGCCUUAAACUUAUUGCUAAUGUCACAUUUGGUUACACUUCUGCCAACUUCUCAGGACGUAUGCCCAGCGUUGAGGUAGGUGACAGCAUUGUGCACAAGGCCCGAGAGACUUUGGAGAGAGCCAUAAAGAUGGUCAAUGACACAAAGAAGUGGGGAGCACGUGUUGUCUACGGAGAUACAGACAGUAUGUUUGUGUUGUUGAAGGGAGCAACCAAGGAACAGGCAUUUAAGAUUGGUAAUGAAAUUGCAGAGGCUGUCACUGCUACCAACCCUAAACCUGUCAAAUUGAAGUUUGAGAAGGUGUACCUCCCAUGCGUGUUACAGACAAAGAAGCGUUAUGUUGGAUACAUGUAUGAGAGCUUGGAUCAGAAAAACCCAGUCUUUGACGCCAAAGGCAUUGAAACUGUACGUCGUGAUGGCUGCCCUGCUGUUGCCAAGAUUCUGGAACGAUCUCUGAAGCUGCUUUUUGAGUCACGUGACAUCAGCCAGGUGAAGCAGUAUGUGCAGCGGCAGUGUGCGAAGGUGCUAGAGGCCAAAGCCAGCAUGCAGGACCUCAUUUUUGCCAAAGAGUACCGUGGCAGCAGCUCGUAUCGACCAGGGGCCUGUGUUCCUGCUCUGGAGCUCACCAGGCGUAUGAUGGCGUAUGAUCGACGUUUAGAGCCACGCGUGGGUGAGCGUGUACCGUAUGUUAUUGUGUACGGGAUGCCAGGAGUGCCGCUCAUACAGCUGGUUAGACGUCCUGUAGAGGUACUGCAGGACCCCAGUCUGCGCCUCAAUGCUACCUACUACAUCACCAAGCAGAUCUUGCCACCACUCACACGAAUUUUCAACCUGAUUGGAGUAGAUGUGUUCAGCUGGUACCACGAGUUGCCGAGGGUACAGAAGGCGUGGAGCUCUGUGAAUGGAGCCGGGGAGGAGGGCACAAGAAAAGGCACCAUCUCUCAGUACUUUACAACACUGCAUUGCCCGGUUUGUGAUGAGCUGACACAGCUAGGAGUGUGUGAAGGUUGUCGGGCUGAACCCCAACGUGUUGCUGUCCACCUACACCAAGACUUGCGGCUUUGGGAAAGCCAGCAAGACCAGCUCCUAAAGGUAUGUAGAAGUUGCAGUGGGAGUGCAGAGCGUCAGGUGCCAUGUGUCUCAUUGGACUGCCCUAUACUCUACAAAUUAUCUCGCGUUAAUCGGAAUCUUUCCCGAGGACCAUAUCUUCGCCAGCUGCUGGAGCAGUUCUGAUAGUCCAGCAGUCUGUCCACCUUUCAUUUUACUCUGGUGCUAAACACUGUGCCAUUCAGCACAAUUUUGUGUAUAAUAGUUUUAAAAGGUGCUUUUUUCUGUGCCCUUGGAGAGUUUCCAUCUUAUACUGUUUGAGUUUGUGUGGUACUGCAGUGCAGUGGGACUAAAGAGGCCUUAAAUACAGAAGAGGAAGAUGAUUUUGAUGCACUGUGUUUGAAUUUGCUUGGUAGUUGUCUUUAGUGUUCAUUAAAUGGUUACAUUUCUGCAGAUUGACAGGUCAGACAUUUACAGAAUAAUCCUCUCUAAACUGAACCCUGUGUGCUGUAGCAAUCUGUAAAUGAGGGCGAUUCAGUUCUAACUGCAAUUCUUGUCUGUUGUAAAUAAACCUUGAUUAUGAUUAUCCAAAAUUCUGUCUAUGAACACUGAUUUAAAAAAAAAAUCUAAAAAAUUUUUCACAUGUAUGUUCUGGGAAGUUUUAUGUCUGUCCAUUCUCUACAGAGGCAAGUCUGAGGACAAGUAAGUCAAUAUCAGCCUUAUCAAACAUAUUGCAGAAGUCUAUGUUAAGUAUAUAUUGUCUGUGUGCAUAAUUGUUCUUUUAAAAUACUUUUCUAAUGCUCUCUCUACUUUAAACCAGACAUUGUUACCGACCUAUGCUACCUACCAGAGCUACAUAACCUGUUUUUGUAAACCUGUAAAAAAUGUUAAGGUGCUUUGUUUUCUAAAGAACAUUUGUGGGUGGAGAUUUGAUAUUGAUAUAAUAAAAUUCAGUGUAUUUAACAAAUGUCUGUUUCAGUUAAAAUGGGCCCUUUGGUUUUUACAUCAUUUUUGGGUAUAUACUGCAAGCUUUACAGAUCGUUAUUGGAAAGGGUUUAAACAAUGUUUUUCAUCCUUGUUCAAUGACCCAUAAGCAAUUAUUGACACUAACAAUUGACAGGCGAUAUGAAAAUAAAGUCAGUUAUAAUUAUAACUUGGGACAGUAAUGAGACAUUUCUACUGACUUUGAAAAACACUAAAAAGGAUGCCUAGUGUUCCUGCAGUUCAAUGUGAGAGGACUUUGUUUCCUGAGUUUAUUAACAGUAAAAAAACAAAAUGUGCAAAAAUUGUGGAAACUGGCAGCUGCUGGCUCUAAUCACGGGCCAUGUCCAAACCCUCACUGUAGAACAUAUUUGAUAUUUACAGUCAUGUUGAGUGAGACCUCAAACAAAUAAGAUCAAGUCAUGAUAAACAGGGCUACCCGAUGUGAGCAAUGGAAACGACUGUCACUUGAGGCUUGUCAGGACAAAACCA